UUAAAAUGCGAUUAAAAAUGUUUAAAAUCAUCAAGGAAUAUCCUCACAGAUUUUCCAUUAGAACAUUUUUUUCGUCUCAAAUUUGUUGUGACAGUAGUAAAAUACGAAAUAUUGGUAUAAUGGCGCAUAUUGAUGCUGGGAAGACGACAACUACUGAGAGAAUGCUUUUCUACAGCGGAUUCAUAUCAAGGGUUGGAGAGGUUCACACUGGAGAUACUGUUAUGGAUUAUAUGGAUCAAGAGAGGGAUCGAGGGAUCACUAUUACAUCUGCUGCUAUUACUCUUCCUUGGCAUAAUCAUCAGAUUAAUCUAAUAGAUACACCAGGACAUGUUGAUUUCACCAUGGAGGUGGAAAGGUAUAAAAAUUUACUGAAAGACGGAGGUAUUCUAAUUCUUGAUGGAUCAGCUGGUGUUCAAGCUCAGACAUUGACAGUCUGGAGGCAGGCGAACAGGAACAAUAUCUCUAGAAUUGCAUAUAUUAAUAAACUCGAUAAACCAGGAGGAGACGUCACAAGAACCCUGAACUCAAUUAAAAAAAGGUUAAAUGUUAAACCACUGCUGACCCAGAUGCCUCUGGGACGGGGUAAAGAUCUGUUGGGUAUAAUAGACCUGGUGGAUAUGACGGGGUUUAUCUGGAACAAGAACUCCGACCAGGGCAAAAUCUUUACCAAGAUGGAUUCCAACGAACUGAAGAACACCAUGUUUAAUUCUUGGAAGGAGGCUCUACAGUUAAGAGAACAGCUGAUUGAAGAGUCUUGUGAUUUUGAUAAUCAGCUUGCUGAAGAAGUUAUUAUGGCAGAAAGAUAUGAUUUGGUGGACGCUCUGAAUUUACGCCAAGGAUUACGUCGCAUAGCGCUCAACCCCUCGUCAGGAGCUCUGGUCACAUGUCUGGGAAGCUCUUAUAAGAAUAUCGGAGUACAACCUUUGAUGAACGCUGUUAUUCAAUACUUACCCUCUCCAUUGGACGUUAGCUACCCAUUUCUAAGGUUCUACGGGUCCAACUUCUGUGGUCUUGUUUUCAAGAUUGUUCAUCAUCCACAGAAAGGAGUUCUUAGUUUUGUUCGAGUUUAUUCAGGAACCUUGUCCUCUAACUCUGCCAUCUUCAAUAUAAAUAAACAGCAAACAGAGAAAUUUUCAAAGCUUAUGAUUGCUUUUGCAGACGACUUUAGGGAUGUGAAUGAGAUCUCUGCUGGUAAUAUUGCUGUAGUAUCCGGACUCAAACUGAGUAGAACAGGAGACACUAUUGUCAGUUCUCAAUCUGUAGCUAAAGCAGCGAUAAAGGCGGCUAGUGUUGACAAUGAUAAGUCUCCUGUGAAUGAUGAUGAUGAAGCUGAUGAUGAGAUAAAUGAAGCGAUCCUUACAACACCCUUCAUCCCAGAACCAGUUUUCUUCUGUAGUAUUGAACCUCCAAGUAUUGCUGCUCAAAAACAGUUUGAUAUUGCUUUGGAGUGUUUAUCCCGGGAGGAUCCUAGUCUGCGUAUCCGACAGGACCCGGAGACAGGACAAUGUGUCCUGGGAGGUAUGGGAGAACUUCAUCUUGAGAUUAUUGCUGACAGGAUCAGAACUGAGUGGAAGGUGGAUGUUGAACUCGGAAAACUUCAGGUUGCAUACCGAGAGAUCCCGUGUUCAGAGAGCAAACUUUCUGAGAAGUUUGAAAGAAGAAUUUCUGAUAAAAUUCAUUCUCUCCAGCUUUCACUAAUGAUUCAUCCUGUAAAAGGGAAAGGACCUAGUGAGGUUCACUGGACAACAGACCAUGAAGCUGUUUUAAACUUUCAGAAGAUAAAACCACCGUUGAAGAAAGCAAUUGAAAAGGGAAUUCUCUCAGGACUUGAGACUGGGCCUCUGUUAGGUUAUCCUGUAAUGGACGCUAUUAUAUUAAUUAAUGAUGCUCAGAUUGGAAGAGGGACGUCUAUUCCUAUGAUAAGUGGCGGAGCAACCUUUAUAACUAAAUCCCUUCUAAGGAAUACAGACGUUAGACUGGCGGAACCAAUGAUGGAUCUUGAGAUCAUUUGUGAAGACGAUGUUGUAGAAACAGUUCAACAGGAUGUUACAAGACGACGGGGGGAAAUAGAUUACAGUACUGCACGGCAAACUAGUGAAGGGGAGGGAAUAUCUUUACUCAAGGGCUCUGCUCCUCUGGCAGAACUUAGGGGAUACUCUUCACACCUUCGAAUUAUAUCUUCAGGGAAAGCAAAUCUAUCUAUGGAAGUCUCGCACUAUCAGUUGAUGUCGGAACAUGAUCAGACCGCGGCCAUAGAGGAAGUAACAGGAUUCGCUCAGUAGUUAAAUAUUCCUAAAUUUCUAGAUUU